ACCCUCCCAGCGUUACUAUUUACCACACCCCCCAACAAAACAAUCUUUCCAUUAUCUUGACUCCCAAGACCAUUCGUUCAAGACAUCCAACAGCUCACAGUAGCUGCAUAUUUACUCGUUAGCUUUUGCCUGUUAGUGAGGGCUCAUAAAAAAUUUCUGAAAUUAGUCCUUUCGAUCGAAAAACAUAUACAUUUAAGAUGAUUUUACCAAGCGUGAUCACCUUAGCUAUCUGUCUAUUCCUUGGAAAAGCUCCAUCUCUCACCUAUGCGAACAGUCUAGCAGCCAGACAGGGUCCAGUGCAUCUCCAGGCUCUCAAAUCUGCCCCCCUAGGUCGCCGAAAUCUCCCGGGGUUGGAUUUAGCCUCCCACCAUGGAGGCGGAAGGAAGCAACACGGUCACGGCUCCGCUAGUCCGUCCUAUGAGCCUCAUGGUGAAUACGGAAAUGAUAGCUCUGAGUCUUCAUACGGUCAAGAUAGCUAUGAUCCUUCAAAGGGGGCCUACGGCUCGGGAAACAAAAUCGAUCCCACGGGCAGCGAUAACGGUCAAGGUGCAUUCGACCUGGGUACCGGAACCCAUCAUGCUCUGCAAGAAGGGACCUUAGAUUCCGGCGAUGGCGGCUACACUGCUUCUGAUCCGGGAGCUGGCAUCUCUCCCGAGCCAAACGCCUCGGCUAACUACGGUCCCAAGAAGGAUAAUUACCAUUCGGAACCUGAAAAAAAAGCCCCCAGUACUGGAGAUAACGACUAUGCCACCCCGAGCAAAACUUACAACUCGGGUAAAGAAAACACCUCUAGCUAUCAAGAUCCCUAUAGUCCAUCUUCUAAAAACUCUGGAAAGAAAGACGACUCGGGGGUUAAGGAUCUGGGAGAGUAUAAGCAACCGCCGCCAGAGGACAACUCGAAAAGUUCGAGCGGAACCGAUUAUUACAAAAAGAAGAACCCAAAGUACCACGAUAAAUACGCGUCUCCUCACGGCAAGCAGAAGAACGGAAACGAUGGGAAGGACGAAAACUCCGACCAGGAUGGUUCUUUCAUCUUUGAGUCCGGGACCACUGAGGAACAACGCAAAGCCGCUCAGAAGGAAGCUAACAAGGACGGCGCAUACAAGAAAGGAGGUAAAACUGACGAAGGAAAGAGCUCUUAUGGCGGACCUGUCGACCCCAGCAAUGAGAAAACUUACUCCGGCGAUCAAAGUUACAAGCAACCCAAUGUAACUGGCGGUCAAAAGGACUCCUCCCCCUAUGCAUAAUUGCACUUCAAAAAUUGUUCAUGUAGUUCUCAAUGUCCUUGUUUUUAGUUCUCUUCCUAGUGAUUUCGUACUCUUUUAUUUAUCUCCCUGGAAUCCCGCUCUCUCAUAAGAAAUUACCCUUGUAUUGGAGUUUGCGGAGUCGCGCCGUUUCUUUUUAUUUCCAUCUCUAGCUACGGUGCCAGGAAUUCGAAAAUACAUGAUCGAAAGCUUGAUAAAUUCUAAGGCAUGAGCAUCCCUGCCCAUCUAAUUUUUUUUUUUUUGCGAAUUGGG